CAUUAGUAUAAUUGCACUUGGGCUCCAUGCUCACAUUUCAUUUAUUUUAUUUUAUUUUAUUUUGUAACUUUGAAUUUUGCGAAAAUGCGGCCAGAGUUUUCAAUGUCUAGUUGAAUUUAUUUUAUGUGUAAAUUAUUUAUUUUGUUUUUAUUGGAUUGUAUAUAAAAUAAUUUAUACUUUAUGAUUAUAUUGAUUUUUUAAUGAUAAAUUCAAAUUUAUCAUUGACAAAUUUGAAAAAUGGCCGAGAAAGAAACGUACAGAGCGGAAUAUGCGAAAUCUGGAAACGCAGUUUGUAGAUGGUGUCAAUCGAAAAUUGGAAAAAAUGAAUUGAGACUCGUCAAAAAUAUUGAGCGGCCGUUUAUUGAUAAAGUAACCUCGAUUUGGUUUCAUGCAGAAUGUUUUUUUAUUGAUACGAAACCAAAAACUUUAGGAGAUAUUGGUAAUUUAGAUAAUAUCAGGUGGAGAGAUCAAGAAUUUCUGAAGAGAAAAAUUGAACAAAACACACCAAAAUCUGAGGAAGGGGCGGCGAGUACCAGUAGCAAAAUUCAAAACCAUCGACCCUGUAACCCAAAAUAUUUUAGAGUAGAGUAUUCACCAUCGAAUCGCGUGACUUGUAAUCUCUGCAGACUAAAAAUUUUAAAAGACAACUUAUGUAUAACAAAGCAUGUCUUCCAUAACGAAAAUCUUCUGUUUGUCGGUACCCAUAACUAUCACUUUGAAUGUUUCUGUAACCAGCGCAUUGAGCUUGGAUUCUUUGCCGCCGGGAAUGAUAUGCCUGGUUAUGAUGACAAAGUCUGGUCCCAUCAUAGAGAUCUGAUGUUAGAAUGUCUGCCACCGAUAGAAUAUACUGCGGAAGAAACCACUUUGGUUGAUGAGCUUGAGAAAACUAUGAAGCAACAGAACGAAGAAUUUUUUGAAGUUAUCGACUUGCUGCAAGAUGUCAGCAAAAAAGACCUGCUCCGCAUGUUGAAAACGAAUGGUCAACUCGUUCCCCAGUCACGGCAAGAAAUAGUCGAAGCCGUGGCCGACCAACUGGUUUUUGGAGCUCUGCCGAUUUGUUUCAAAUGCUUGGGGUUCAAUUACGUUUUCGAAUCUGGCGUGGGGUAUCGCUGCAUGGGUAAUCUUACCGAGUGGACCAAGUGCAAGAACGUAAGCGUUUAUCCCGUGAGGACAAAGUUCAUUCUCAGCAAUGAUAUUAAACAGCGGUAUCUAUUCUUUCAUUUCCACGAGUCCCGAGUCCAGGAUCGUAUGAUUCGCAUAUCAGCUCCAUCGGACCCAGUUACUCUAGAAGUAGAAGAGUCCAUCGCAGAAGAUAGCGCUGAAGUGGCUCAUGAAGUCAAGCCGCUAAAAGGAUUGUUGUUUGCGAUCGUUGGAAAGACGUUCAACAAUAAGGAGAUUUUGAAAAAAAAUAUAACAAAACUUGGCGGUAAAAUUGUUACGAAAAUCACUAGAGAAGUGGCUGCGGUGGUAUCCUCUGUCCGGACUCUUGCGAAGCCUAAUCAGAUGAUAAAAGAUGCCCAGCGGCUGAGAGUUAAUGUCGUUGGCGAAGGUUUCGUUGAUGAAGCAAAACAUUGCACUGACGCUCCGUUUAAAUUGAUUGUCGCGAGAACCAUUAGCGGGUGGGGAAGUGAUCCGAGUGUUAGAUGCGCUGGUUAUUUGGCAAAUCUAACUGGCAAAGGGAAAAUAACGCUGAAAAUAAAAGGCGGCGGAGCUGUUGAUCCUAAGAGUGGGCUAGACCACGUGGCCCAUGUUUAUCAGCAGGAUCUCGAUAAGUUCACGGUGACACUUGGCCUGACGGACAUUGAAGACAACAAGAAUGAUUACUACAAAAUGCAGAUACUCGAGCAUGAUAACGGUAGUAAAUUUUGGCUGUUUACUAGCUGGGGAAGAAUUGGCACGACGAUUGGAGGUUCUAAUAUGAGAUCUAUGUCUCUAGACUCCUGUAUUGAGUUGUUUAUAAAAACUUAUCUGAAAAAAACGGGAAAUGAAUGGGGUCGUGAUCCUGCUGCAUUUGUCAAGCGCCCGGGUAUGUUUUAUUUGAUAAACACUGAGGAUACUGAUGAGAGUAAAAUUAGCAGGAUGCAGUCGACUGUGCAAAGUCAAUUGAAAGCACCUGUAAAAGAUCUUGUUGUUUUGAUUUUUAAUAUUGAAUACAUGAAGAAGGCGAUGCUGGAGUACGAACUAGACAUUGAUAGAAUGCCUCUGGGUGCAUUGUCUACUAAGCAAAUCCAGCAGGCUUAUCGCGUUCUCGGUGACGUGACGACCAUAAUCAGAAGCAAUGCUGAUCCGACAUUACUAAUCGACGCAUCAAACCAAUUUUACACUCUGGUUCCUCACUCAUUUGGGAUGAAAAGUCCCCCGGUUCUCGACUCCCAGGAAGCGGUAAAGAAAAAAUGUGAGAUGCUGCACUCGUUGAUCGAGAUGGCGGUUUCUUACCGGAUACUGUAUGACAACAUCGAUGUAAAUCAGCACCCGAUAGACGACCGGUACUUCAAGCUCAAUACUCAUAUCGAUGUUCUAGAUCCUAACUCCUAUGAAUACGGAGUAAUUCAACGCUACGCAAUGAAUACUCACUCGGAAUAUCACGAUUCCUACCGAUUACAAAUCGAGAACAUCUUCGCUAUCAAUCGUAGAGGCGAAGACGAGAGAUACAGAGAAUUUUCCGGGUUGCCCAAUAAAAGACUCCUGUGGCACGGCUCACGUAUCACCAAUUUUGCUGGUAUUCUAGCUCAUGGACUCCGUAUCGCUCCACCGGAAGCCCCAUCUUCGGGCUGGAUGUUCGGCAAGGGAAUUUACUUCGCUGACAUGAUAUCCAAGUCUGCUAACUACUGCAACACCACUUUCGGCAACACAACAGGUCUUCUGCUGCUUUGCGAAGUCGCUCUAGGCCUUAUGUACGAAAGAACUCAGGCUGAUUUCAUCACCGCACUGCCUUAUGGCUUCCACUCUACCUUCGGAAGAGGUAGAAAUGUUCCGGAUCCCCAUGAUUUUUGUAUGGCUCCGGGUAAUGUUCUGGUGCCUUACGGAAAACCCAUAAAAGUAGAUCCUUUUCGCCAGCUAACGCUUGCGCACAAUGAGUACGUUGUCUAUAAUCCUGCGCAAAUUAAAACCAGGUACUUGCUUCGUGUAAAUUUUAUAUACAAAAAUUAAUUGUGUAAUUCAAUUUUUGUAAAUGUUAAUAACUAACGUUUUUUUAAAUUAUGAACCUGAAUGUUCAUAAAUAAUUGAGAUUUACUUCCAAUUUUUAUAGUAUUCAAUUGAUUAUUCCCUCUUUUAAUGAUAAGUAAUAAAAUGUACAUAAAGCUGUAGUUUUAAUGUAAUUGGAUGAUUAGAGGUAGAAAUAUUCAAUUUUUAUUACGAUAUAUAGUAAAACGAAUACAUGAAAAACAAAACGCGCGCGAAAUAAAUAUUGGAUAUCAGUAAAUUUGUAUAAAUGGAUAUAAUUUUUAGUAGGGAUUAGUAUGUACCUGAAAUUUUUUAUUUAUUCCGACAGUUUUGGCAAUCAUGUUAAUUAAGUAUUAUUUAUAGUAAUUAUGUAAUACGAUUUUUUUUAAGAA